AUGAUUGUACUUUCUUGGAAUAUCCGCGGUCUUGGAGCUUCCAUAAAACGAAGCUCACUCCGAAAACUCAUCCACACUCAUGAUCCUGAUUUGACUCUAAUUCAAGAAUCGAAACUCAAAAGCAUCAACCCAAAGACCAUUAAAUCCUUAUGGAAGGAUGACAGCUUUGAAUGGUUCUCCUGCCCCUCUCAAGGAUCUUCAGGUGGUCUAAUAUCCAUAUGGAAGAAUUCGUUCUUCUCCUUUGUGUCAGUUAACUGUGAUAAAAAUUGGAUUGCUAUAUCCGGUGUGAUUCCCUCUCUAAACCUUCACUGCUGUAUCAUUAACCUCUAUAACCCUUGCUGCCCGGAAGCUCGUUCCUUGGUCUGGGAUGAUCUUUCUCAACUUUUCUUCUCAUUGCAGCUGCCUUGUCUCAUUGUUGGGGAUUUCAAUGACAUUCUUGACUCAUCGGAAAGAGGGAGUAAUAUGAUUCAUACUAACAGUUCAAAUGCUUUCAAAUUAUUUGUGCAGGUCCUACAGCUAAUUGAGAUUCCGACAUCCAACGGGCAUUUUACGUGGUACCGAGGCCAGUCUAAAAGCAAGCUUUAUAGGGUUUUCGUCACCCACCAUUGGCUAUCUGCUCUGCCUUCUCUCAGAACCACACUCCUCCAAAGAUCACUCUCUGACCAUUGCCCUCUGUUGAUACAAUCGAAACAAAGGAACUGGGGCCCACGCCCAUUCCGGUUUAUCAAUGGGUGGCUCUCUCACCCCGGUUUCGAGGUUAAUUCAAAAAAUAUGGGCUGA